AUGGCAGCUCGUUCUGUCCUCAUUCUCGCAGCGCUUUUAAACCUUGCUUUCCUAAACGUGGAGAGUAGAACCAUUGCCGGACCAAAGUUUUUCUCAAACGCUUCAACUAUUUACAUGAAAUCAAAGAUCGGCACAACGAUUAAGUCGGCCUCGCUAAAAGAUGCUAAAAAGGAGGGGGAAGAGGUGGGGAAAGAGGAACUACCUGACCCCAUUAGCGCCGUUGCAGUCGAGUCAGCAAACAAAACUCUGAACCCAACGCAUAAUGAGAAAGUGGACGAAUUCAUUGAAGAGAGUGAUUUUGAUGAUGGGUCAAAGAAAGAAGGUAGUAGUGACGUUAGCGAAGACAAAAAAAUCCGCAUUUUACAACAGUAUGUUUCAAUCCAUGGAAAACGAAGUAAAUGUGCUGAUGUUUUUUAUGGUUGCAAUGGUGUUUUACGGGACGAUGAUGAUAGCGAAGAGCUUGAUUAUGAAGCAAAUGAAGUUGACAAUGGGUAUUAUGAUCCAAAGAGAAAAUCGGCUUUUAACGAGGAUAAUAAGGAAGUGAAGGAUGGGGAAGGACAUGAUAUUUAUGAUGACAUCGAUUUUGAUAAUAUCGAAGACGACGAUGAAGAUGACAAAGAGGAUGUUGAAGAAGACCAGGAAAACAUGGAGGAUUUGGAAGGUACCAUUGUUAAGGAUAAUAUCAGCAGUGAUAAUGCUGACGAUAAUAACGAGAACAAAAGCGGGAAUGAAAAUGAUGAGGCUGAGAAUGCCAGUGUCGACAAGGAGAAGAACUUUUAA